AUGAUCGCCAUCACUUACCCCACCGCCCACACCAUCACCGUCCAGAACCCACGCCUUCAACUACUCAACAACCUGAGGAAUAAGGUCCCUGCCUUGAUGACCUUCAUCGCCAUCCCCAGUGUCAGGCAUGCGCAGAUCAUGGCUCUAACUGGACUGGAUGGCGUGAUUAUUGACUGCGAGCAUGGUCACAUCGGUGACGACCAGAUGCACAAUUCGGUCUCUGCCAUCUCUGCUCUGGGCGUAAGCCCUAUCAUCCCAGUACGAGGUUCUCAACCAGACCUCCUCAAGCGAGCUUUGGAUACUGGUGUCCAUGGUUUUAUGGUCCCCAUGAUCAACACCGCCGAGGAGGCUGCCAGUGUCGUCAAGUACUCCAAGCUGCCGCCUCAGGGUCUCCGAGGCCAAGGUUCUGCUCUCCCUGCUAUCGUCCAAAUCGAGACCAGGGAGGGUGUCGAGAAUGUGGAUGCUAUCGCCGCUGUUCCCGGUGUCGACUAUCUCUUUGUUGGCCCCAACGACCUCGCUCAAUCACUUCUCGGGUACACCCCAGCAAAAGGCGACGAACCCGUCUUUGUCGAGGCUAUCGCCAAGAUUGUUGCCGCCGCGAGGAAGCACGGCAAAUGGGUGGGUCGAUUGGUCAACGAUGGCCCUCUGGCUGUUCAGGCAUUGGAGACUUUUGACAGCGUGGCGAUUACCGGCGACACCAAGGCGAUCACAAACUGA